AUCAAGAUGUUCCAAGGGUUCUCUCCAUUGCUUGUUCUACUUCGUUUAGUUCUUACAUUAGUAUCAGUUCACGCCCAAGAUGAUCAAUCAGGCUUCAUAAGUAUAGACUGUGGGAUUGCCAUAGGCUCAGCAUAUACCGAUAAUAAAACCGGCAUAAAGUAUGUCUCAGAGGCAGACUUCAUAGACACUGGGGAGAUCCAUAACAUAUUGCCCGUAUACAACUCCUUCUCCAUUAGCACACAGCUUACCACCCUCACAAGUUUUCCACAAAACACAAGAAACUGCUACACCCUAAAACCAACCCAAGGAAAGGGUAAUAGGUAUCUGAUAAGGGCAAGGUUUAUGUAUGGGAAUUAUGACUUCAAGGGCCAACUUCCAGAAUUUGAUGUCUAUGUUGGACCUGAUUACUUGGAUACGGUUAAAGUUAAUUCGUCAUCUAGACCAGUAAACAUGGAGAUCGUACAUGUCUUGUCGUCAGAUUAUAUACAUGUCUGUCUUGUAAAUACAGGUCGCGGAACACCUUUCAUAUCUGUGAUCGAACUACGGCCAUUGGCAAAAGAUAUGUAUGAAGAAACUGAUUUUGGAUCACUAUAUCUUUUCGAACGCGUAAACUUUGGAACCACAUUUAGAACAGCCAGGUAUAAAGAAGACAAGUAUGAUCGACUAUGGAGUCCAAUUAAUUUGCGUAAUACUACUUCCUUAUACACUUUCGAAACAAUUUAUGGAGGGCUGACAACCAUAUAUCCACCUUCAGAUGUUAUGAGUACAGCCAUCAUCCCAACAUACCCAACGGAGUCAUUAGACAUAAACUGGAAUCCUCAUAAUAAAACUGAUAGGUUUUUCAUUUACAUGCACUUUGCCGAAAUUGAAAUACUGAAAAGAAACCAGAUGAGAGAAUUCAAUAUUUACAUGAAUGGAUUCCGCUCAUAUCCGAGAACUUUCUCUCCGCUAAAUCACACCACAAUCACUAUUAAUAACCAGGAACCUGAGACCAUAGCACCCACAUAUACUCUGACCCUAAACAAAUCUAAAAAUUCAACCCUUCCUCCAAUCAUUAAUGCUCUCGAACUCUAUGUACUAAAGCGGCUCCCACAAAUCCAAACAGAUGAUCGAGAUGCUACUAUAAUAUGGAGCAUUAAGUCAACUUACAGAAUAACAAGACACUGGCAAGGAGAUCCAUGUGCUCCACAGGAGUUUGUUUGGGAAGGCCUCGGAUGCAGCUACAAUGAUACCAACUCUCUUAGGAUUACAUUCUUGAACUUGUCUACCAGCGGACUGAACGGAGGAAUAGAUCCGAUUUUAGCUAAUCUCACAAUGAUGCAUACCUUGGAUUUGUCAAACAAUAACUUAACAGGAACUGUGCCAAAUUUCCUCUCUGGACUCACCUUCCUCAAGAUACUAAAUUUAAAAGGAAACAAUUUCGUUGGGCCGAUUCCAGUAGAACUCCUAGAAAAGUCAAACAAGGGAUUAUUGUCAUUGAGUUUUGAUGAAGAGAGUACGGGUGAUAAUAAAGGUAACAAAAUCACUGUUCCAGUUAUAACAGCUGUUGCAUCAUUCUUCGUGAUAUUGACUGCAGUCAUGACUAUAUGGAUAAUUGCAAAACAAAGAGCACGUGAUACGAAGAAAAGAGGCACAAGGCUGGAAAUAAGAAAACAGCAUUACACAUAUUCAGAGAUAGAGAACAUGACCAACAACUUCAGUGUUGUUAUUGGGAACGGAGGAUUUGGAAUAGUUUACCACGGGUAUAUAGGUGAUACAGAAGUUGCUGUGAAGAUGCUUUCGGAAUCUUCGCUCCAAGGGGACAAGGAAUUCCAGGCUGAGGCCUACCUUCUCUUGAGUGUUCAUCAUAGAAACUUAACUUCACUCGUUGGGUACUGCAAUGAAGGCAACCAUAAGGGAAUCAUUUACGAGUACAUGGCUAUGGGCAACUUGGAACGGCAUGUAUUUGCAAGUUCAAGUGCCUUGAAUUGGAAAGAAAGACUCGAAAUAGGAUGUGAUGCAGCACAUGGUCUGGAGUACCUGCAUCAUGGUUGCAAACCACCGAUAGUUCAUAGAGAUAUCAAGUGUACAAACAUCUUACUAAAUGGAAACUUCCGGGCAAAACUAGCAGACUUUGGUUUGUCCAAAGCUUUUCCAACAGAAGAUGGUACUCAUAUUUCAACUGCAGUUGCUGGCACUCCUGGAUACCUUGACCCUGAGUAUUACACGUCAAACAGGUUGACUGAGAAAAGUGAUGUUUAUAGCUUUGGGAUUGUGCUUCUGGUGAUAAUUACAGGACAACCAGCAAUAACGAAACAUGACGAAGACAUCAUAAACAUAAGUCGAUGGGUCAAUUUAAAGCUUGCGUAUGGGGACAUGAAAAACAUUGUUGACCCUAGGCUAAUGGGGGAUUUUGACAUCAAUUCUGCAUGGAAGGCAGUGGAACUUGCAAUGGCAUGUGUUGCCCAUACGCCCAGCAGAAGACCAACAAUGAACGAAGUGGUGAUGGAGUUAAGUGACUGUUUGGUGAUGGAGAGAGCUCGUCAGGAGAAGAAACCAAGGCAAUUAACUGCAGUCGGUUCUCUUAAUCUGGACAGUACAUAUGACCCGAGCCCAAGAUAGUGAAUUUAAAAUACAUUUUCAGUUGAUAUUUGUCUAUGCUUUAUGUGUUUGUUAUUGUUGUUAGUUUUAUAUGAUGUUUCCUUAUAGAAUGAGACACAAGAGUGCAAAAGCUUAACUCCCUUGUCAAUUAUUGUGUGUAAUAAGUGUAAUAAAACUAUUGUACACCUUGAAAUCUUUGUUUUCGUGUA